UCCACUUCAAAGCGCAUAACGUAUCACGGCUCACCAGUACAUGGCGCGAGGACUCCUCGUCUCUUCACAGAGUAAAACCACUUCACAAUUGAUACUAACCUCCAUAUCUAGGGUUUCACUCUCAACACUAACCAAAGGCCUCGAAAACCCAUUUGCUUCGACUCACCUACGGUGCUCUCCCUCCACUCGCUUUCUCUGCUGCUGCUCCAAUUACCAGCAACAUGACCCAAUCGACAUGUCGACGUACAGAGAAGCUUUCGCAAAGAGAAUGGCUAUGGCCGGUCUCAAGCCACAUCACCGUAUUGCUAUUGGUGUUUCUGGUGGCCCAGACAGUAUGGCACUGUGUGUAUUAGCUGCCGGAUGGAAGAGUGAUGGCCUAAAUGCUGCUUCCCAUAUGAGCAGUGGGUUCAUUGGUGGACUUUUGGCAAUAGUUGUUGAUCAUGGAUUCCGUGCUGAGAGUAAACAUGAAGCGAGCAUUGUUUGCCGUCGAGUUAUGGAUAUGGGAAUCAAAUGUGAGAUUGCUCAUUGUGAAUGGUCAAAUGGUAAGCCCAACCAGGGUCACUUACAAGAAGCAGCUCGUGAUAAGAGGUAUCAAAUUCUACAGGAUGUUUGCGUUCAACACCUGAUUGGCGUGUUAUUAAUAGCACAUCACGCAGAUGACCAGGCGGAGUUAUUCAUUCUCAGAUUAUCUCGUGGUAGUGGUGUGCUUGGACUUGCUGGCAUGGCAUUCACUUCCCAAUUGUUCACUAAAUGUUCAGAUUUUGAUGGUGAAGCUUCAAGCAGGCAUGGCAUUCUAUUAGUGCGACCACUCUUGGAGUACUCAAAAGGCGACAUGUACAAGAUAUGUCAAGGGGGUGAUCAAGAAUGGGUGGAAGAUCCAACAAAUCAAAGUGCAUUGUUUGCUCGUAAUAGGAUCCGUAUGUCAUUGAAAAACUUGUCAUCAGCGAUCUUCAAUUCUGAAUUACAAGCAGUUAUAUCUGCCUGUCGGAGAACACGGUUGCAUGUUGACCAAAUUUGUCGUAAUUUAUUAAACAAGGCUGUGACUGUCAUGCCUCAAGGCUAUGCUGUCGUUGAUUUGGAAAUUCUCAAUCCAUCAAAAGUCGAGGAUUUAUGCCUGUCCAAGUUUGUUUCCUUGGUAUUGCAGUUCAUCUCACAAAGGCACAAGCCAGUUCGGGGUAGUGCAUUGAAGUUGCUAUUGGACUACAUUCGUACUUCCCUAUGCAAGACAUCCUUUACAGCAGCUGGUUGUUUCCUUUGUCCGUCUCCGGGCUCUAAAGGUUCUAGACUCCUGGUUUGUUGUUCCGUUGAUUCAUCAUUGCCUUCAAAAAUGGAGAUAUUUCACAAACACUCUUACGAAGGCCAGAAUUGCUCUAUUCCAAGUGAGGUGGAGCAAAUUGCAGCAGAAGGAAAAUCAUAUGCAGAUCGGUUGAUUCCAGACCCCUCAGAUGUGCAUUUUUUGGAUGUGACAUCUUCUGAGUAUGUUCUAGUUGAAGCCAAAAGACGUAACAUUCUUAGUGGGCCUACCUACAGGAACAUUAUUUUAUUGCAGAGAGACGAGAGUAGACAUUUCAAGUCUAAAAUUGAAGUCAUGUCUGACUACAAGGCAAAGAAUGUAAUAGAAUCUGCCAGUGCUGUUGUGAGCAAAGGACUUCAUCCUGGGAAAUUUGGCUACUUCAUGGAUAGAUUCAUGGUCUCUUGGAAACUGGGCAAGAAAAAUUAUUGUGAUGCACUUUCUGCAGAUGAGGUUGACUGUGACCUGGGCUUGAAAGUGGAGUGUCAGCAAGAUUGUUGCGGGUCUUGUGUGGUUGGUUGUGACGUGGUAGCUGAGGUACGUCACAUGAUUGAUGCUGAUUGGCUCUAUCUUGCAGAGUUGUCAAAGUGUCAGCAUGUGGAAAGUAAACGACAAGGAGUUCUCUUAUCUAGUAAACCAGGGCAAGCAACAGGGAAGAUUAGUUCAUGUUCAAAUUAUGUUAAAUUAUCAGCGCAAAAGGCUCUUCUGUCUUUAAAGACUAUCCCAGUUGCUGCAAGAAGGGGCCUUCCUGUCCUAGUCGAUCCUCAUGCACUGUUACUAAGCAUUCCGAGUAUUGGCUUCAAGCAUUGCCCCUGCUUAAUGGCAUCUGCUGUAUUCAAGCCAAGAAUCCCUCUUGGUGGAGGGCAUAGCUCGUUUAUCUAGUUUCAGUUGUCCUGUUGCUGUGACACCAGUAGGACUUGCAUAAUCAGAGAGGAGGCUGAGCGACACUUGAUAACACCAUAGUGUUGGCGAAUACAGUAGCAAUACAAUAAGCUUCACUUUAUCUUUAUCUGUGUGUGUUAACACUCAAGUAAGUAUCAUCGGAGUAAAUCGUGAUUAUUUAUUUUAAACCUGAUCUCUCCCUUGAAACUAACUGGGAAAUCAGUAUAUGUAAUCCUUUUACAUGCCUAUUCUUAGAUCAGUUCGUUUCCUUCCAUAGGGUAUCUCCCUUGGUCUCAUUGAUUUCAACUUGAACUGGAGUUGAGCAUGUCUGAUAUGCAAGUUGAUGAACAACUUGUACAAUCAAUUCUAAGGCUUAAAGGUGGUUUAGGGAGUCUGAAGUUAAAAGAGGUGUGUAGCAGGUUUACCUAGUAUAAUGGAAAAGAAAUCAUUUUUUUAU